AUGGCUGAAGAUUUAAAUCGAAAAGGUCAAACAACUGUAAUUGAACUUGAUGAAACUCGUGAUCAAAUGAAAAUCAUGCAGCAAAAUUUUAGUUCGAUCGAAAGUGAUUGGAAAAUUCAACUUGAAAAACAUCAAAAAAAGAUCGACGAUUUAGAAAAUGUUAUAAAUGAAUUGGAAUUGAAAUUAAAGACAAGUGAAGCUACAGUAAAAAAUUUAGAAUCUACUAGGUAUGAAUUGUCUGUUAAAAAUGCUGAUUUGCAACAAAAAAUUGUCAAUGUUCAGGAAAGUGCUUCCAAACAGUGUGAACAAUUUAACAAAGAAAUCCAAGGUACAUUCUUUAAUUAUUAUUAUUUUAAAUGCCGAGCUUCAGAAAACUUUGNAAAGAAAUUAGAGAGAGAAUUAAAUGAAUUAAAAAAUAGCAAGGGUAAAUCGGAAGAAAUGUUAAAUCUUCAGCAAAGAGUUGCAGAGCUUGAGGAAGAAAAAGGCUCUUUACAAUUGAAGUUGAUUGAAAUUGAAGAUCAAGUUGCUCAAAUAGAAAAUUUAAAAGAAGUCAACGCAGCUGUACAACAGGAUUAUGAAAAAGUUUUAAUCAAAGCUGAAACUUAUGAAAAAGAAAUAAAAGAAUAUCAGUUGGAAAGUAAAAAAUGGGAAGCAAAAUAUGAAGCAUUGCAUUCUGAUUUUGUUACUAUCCAAGAAAAAUUCAAUAUAUUGAGUCAAGAACAUUUCAAAACUCAAGAAGAUAUGACAGCUUUACUUGAAGAUAAAAGAAGCAUUGAAUCUUAUCAUGUAAGUUUGGUUUUCCUUUUGUGGAAGAAGAAAAAAGUUAUUUAGUCUCAGCUGUUUUGG